ACAAAUGUACACAUAGUUUUGUGUGAGUGUGUGUUUUUUUGAGCUGUAUUGUGUGUAAAGCUUGAAUCUUGAUUUGUUGAAUGACAUUUUGAUUUGGGUUAGUGUCAAAAAUGUAUGAAAACAACCAUUAAAAGCUUAGUUUUCUUUAGCUUUUGCUUUAAUCUUUUUGGUCUGAACAUACCCUUUUGCUCUUUUUCUCAUUAAAAAAGUGAUCUUUUGUGUUUUUCUAGUGUAAAAAAGGUUUCUUGAUGUUGAAAACAAUGAAGUAUUACUGAUUAGUCUGUGGGGUUUGUUUGUUUGAAGAUUUGGGAGCUUAUUUUAAGAUCUAAGUGUUGGUGGUGAAGCAAAUUGGAGCUGCAAGAAUGAAGUCUAGUACUCUACUUGACUCAGUUGUAUUUCAGCUCACUCCUACUAGAACUAGGUGUGAUUUAUUCAUUAUAGCCAAUGACAAGAAAGAAAAAAUAGCUUCUGGAUUGCUUACUCCUUUUCUUGCUCACUUGGGAACUGCUCAGGAUCAAAUUGCAAAGGGUGGUUACUCAAUUUUGCUGGAACCGGAUACUGAUGUUGAUGCUCCAUGGUUUACAAAGGGCACAGUGGAAAGGUUUGUCCGCUUUGUGAGCACUCCGGAGAUUCUGGAAAGGGUAUACACCAUAGAAUCUGAGAUCUUGCAGAUUGAGGAAGCAAUGGCCCUUCAGGGAAAAAAUGAUAGUGGACAAGGGCGAGUUGAAUACAAAGAAGCAAAACCAGCAGGGAAGUUUGCAGGUACUAAAUCUACAGCAGAUGUCAAUGAGGAGAAAGCUAUUGUCCUUUACAAGCCUGGGGAACAUCGACCUCAAACAGAUUCGCAGGAAGAAAAUUCAAGAGUACAGCUUUUGAAGGUUCUGGAGACUCGCAAGUCUGUGCUUCAAAAAGAACAAGGAAUGGCAUUCGCUCGUGCUGUAGCUGCUGGUUUUGAUAUUGAUCGGAUGGCACAAAUGGUAUCAUUUUCUGAAUCUUUUGGUGCUUCGCGCUUAAGAGAUGCAUGUGUAAGAUUUAUGGAACUGUGGAAGAAAAAGCAUGAAAAUGGACAAUGGGUUGAAAUUGAAGCUGCAGAAGCAAUGGCAAAUCAAUUAGACAUUGCUGCAAUGAAUGCAUCUGGAAUUCAGCUCUCUAAUGUUGCUAAUAAGCAGUUUGAUUCCAACAGCGAGAUGGCUUCUGAGAAUGGUAAUUCAGGGGAAAGGCCUCCAUUUGAUCAACAAAGCCCAAAUGGUCAACAACAAUAUCAAUAUAUACAUCCAAUGUUUCCACCGUGGGCAAUGCAUUCUCCUCCCUCUGCCUUACCUCCUUUUCAAGGAUAUCCCAUGCAAGGAGUACCAUACUAUCCAGCUUAUCCCGGAAAUGGGCAUCCCUAUCAACCUCCUUAUCCAGGAAUGGAAAACUCUCCAACGGGUGUCACUCCGAGAAGUAGACAGAAAAGACGGUCUUUGGAUAGGAGAGAGAGCAACAGUGAUUCAGAGGAGGGUGAAGAAAUGGAAAGUGAAGGGUCUCAUAGUCAAAGAAAGAAGGCUGGUCGGUCAAGGAAAAAUAAAUCAGGAAAGGUUGUUAUACGUAACAUUAAUUAUAUCACUUCUAAGGCAAAGAACUCUAGUGAUAGCGAAUCAGAAGCAGCUUCUGGUUCGGAAAAAGAUGCUGAUAGUGAAGAUUUAGAAGGCAACGGUCACAAUCCAGUGAACAAGCAAACUUCACGGUCACCAAAAACAAGACGAAGCCGCACAAAGCUUCAGGAUGAAUCAAUUUCAUAUGAUGAUACUGUUUGUGAGAAGGAACCUGACGGUGGGCAUUGGCUGGCAUUUCAAAAUUGUUUAUUGAAAGGUAAUGAAGAAGAACGUCAUGCUGACAAAAAUGGCAUGUUUGCAAUGGAGAAAGAUGCAAGGAGGAGACCAAAAAGUACCAUCGCCAAUGGUGAAGUUCUACUUUCUAGCAGAGGAUAUGACAAUGCUCAAGGACUUGGUGACCAAAUGGACAUGCACUUUCCUGAAAUAAAUGGGAGAAAAGUCAUGCCUAGAACUGCAAAUGAUGAAUUUAUGUUAAAUGGUCGAGAAAAUCAAUCAGGGCUGAGAAAUUCAUUAGAUCCUCUUGCAGUAAAUGCAUUUGAGCAUACUAAUAAGCUAGACAAAGCUUCCUCACAUGAUAUGACUGAUGAGUCUUUUAUAGUAACUUUUAGGUCAAUGUCAUUGGAUGGCGUUGGACCAGACGGUAGAACUGCCAUUAACAUGGAGUCUGAGCUUCCAUCAAUGCAUCAAAAAUCAGAAAACAACUCUGCUGGAAUUAUGAGCUACGAGCCUAAUGAUUUGAGCAUGAUGCCUGAACGUGGAACAGAAAAGAGUUCAGGUGUCUAUGACCCUGCUUUUGACUAUGAAAUGCAGGUUUGCAUUGAAGGUUCUGCUUCAAAGGAUAAAAGAAAGAAUGGAGUCUCAAAUGAGGCUAAGGAAGGUUCUAAAAAAUCAGAGAAAGAUCGCAGGUCAAAAGCUACUGUUGAUACUUCGGAUAAGAAAAGGAGUGGAGGACCAAUAAGAAAAGGAAAAAUGUCAAAGUCAAGUCCUUUGGAUGAUGCACGAGCACGCGCUGAGAGGAUAAGAUCCUUCAAAGCUGAUAUCCAGAAGAUGAAAAAAGAAAAGGAAGAGGCAGACCAAAAGCGCAUUGAAGCAUUAAAACUGGAAAGACAAAAGAGAAUUGCAUCCAGAGGUGGCUCCAGCUCUGGCCGCUCUCCAGCAUCAACAACCCAAACAAGAAAAUUGCCAGCAAAAAGCUCUCCUGGCACCUUCAGGGGAUCUAAGUUCAGUGACUCAGAGCCUGGAUCCUCGUCGCCAUUGCAAAGAACCAAAAUAAGAACUUCGCUCGGGUCAAGUGAUUUGCAAAAGGGCUCUAAAGCCAGCAAAUCAACUGAUGGCAGCAAGUUGGCAGGUAGUAACAAAUUGAGUAGAUCAGCGUCAUCCUUAUCUGAACCGAAAAAAGAAAACAAUGGUGUUACACCUGAUUCAAAAGCAUCCAUGGCACGAAUAAGAAGAUUAUCAGAGCCCAAAGCAAUCAGCAGCAAGCCUGAUACUUUACGGAAGGCACAAAGUGCUGAACUAUCAAAGCCCAAGGCUCGGAGUGCUGAACCAGUGUCCAAGACAAAGCGCUCUGAUGUGCCAGAGAGCAAGAAAAUAUCUGCCAUCAUAGACCUUGACAAAAAGAAGGCUGCAACUCUUCCUGAGCUGAAAAUCAGAACCACCAAAGAUUCGUCAGAUUUACCACAAGACAAACCAGCUGCGGAGAUUAUAGCAAAGGAGAAGAAUGACAGGCCUUCUGUAGCAUCUGAAGGCAUUCAAUCAUACAAGAAUGAUCUAGAUGAAAACAUUAUUGAGAAAACUGUUGUUAUGCUUGAGAAGGAGAAGCCCUCUUUGGUCGUGGAAGAGUGUGACCACAUUGACAGUGUAGAGAAAACUGACUAUGCCUCUACACGUGACCCACCCUCACCCUUUGAAGGAUUUAUCAGAGCUCCUGUUCCUAGCCGACUGCAAGAACUGCCAAAUUCCCAUGAGACAGGGACGAGUUAUGCGGAUGACACUCCCAAGUUUGCAAAUAUCGGAAGUACUGUUUAUCGUGCUCCAUAUGCUCGUGUCUCCUCCAUAGAGGACCCUUGUACCAGAAACUUGGAGUUUGUUAAAGCACCCCCAUCGAGCUCAGACACAGGAUCAACAGUUAAAGAAAUUGCCAAAGCUCAUGCACCUGAUAUUCACACUGUUAGAGUAGAUAACAAUCCAGAAGCUGCAGAAAAGACUCAAGUGAAGGAAUCACCAAAAGGUUUUAAACGCCUCUUGAGGUUUGCAAAGAAGAACCACACCUCUGCAGGAGCGGAAUCAAAUGGUGCAAGCAUGAGUAGCAUCAAGCAGGAUGAUAGUGCCACAAAUGCUUCCUUGCCUGGUGAAGUUUACACUUUGAAGAAUUUGAUCUCCCAAGAUGAAACCCCAACUGCUGGCAAUGUUUCUCAGAAGUCUCGACUCUCUUUGUUAUCUCCCUUUCGAAGCAAGACUAGUGAAAAAAGGUGAAAAUAUUCAGUAUCAAGAUUAUUCAAGUGCUCCUAUGGUUGUCAGCAGGAGGUGUGACACAUCAUUCAUCAUUUUAGGAUUUUCUCACAGCUCUUACUGACUUCCCAAAAACGGUUUCUUUCGUAAAUUUAGUUACUGUAAAAAUGUGUGGUUGUUAAGAUGAGAAAUGUAUAUACAUUCGACUGCCUGUUUGCUUUCUAUGUACUCUACAGUUUGGAUUUGAUUUAGGUGUUUUGCAGUGAAGAUGCUCGAGAAAUUUUUCCAGGUCCUAUUGUAUAUUUAUUGCUUAAAGUAUUAACGCUCCUUCACCUAUGUAUUGAAUCAUUAAGUAGCUGGAACUUCCAGAAAAAUGCAUUAAACAGUCCCCAUUGGCUUGGUUCUUUAA